AUGAAAUCCUACGAGAGUCAUAUUUUGGGACGGUACAGCCUGGCUUCAGCCCAGAGCGCCGGCGCCCAAUUCAGCUCGUCGACGGCGGCUGCAGCGGCUGCAGCUGCUGCCGCUGCCGCAGGCUUUUACAGCCCGAUGGCCCUAGCUGCUGCUGCCGCCGGACUGUCAUCUACCUCCCCAACUCAACUCAGAUCAUUUCCACCCCUCAGCACGCAUCUGCCACCGCCUCCGGGUUCCUUUCAACACCUCCUGGCGAGUAUGACCUCCACAGCAGCGAAAACACGAGACAGCGGCACAAUGUUUUGUACCUCUCCAACUCUCUCUCUCUCCUUCCAUUUCUUUCUCUCUCUCUCUCUCCAACUCUCCAACUCUCUCUCUCCCCAACUCUCCAACUCUCUCUCUCCCCUUCCAUUUCUUUCUCUCUAUCUCUCUUUUAAUAUGUUGUUUUCACCAAAAACUAAGAACACCGUCUUUCUCGGUAAUUGCGACGACGUCUCUCUCUCUUUCUCUCUCUCUUUCUCUCUUUUAUCUCUCUCUCUCUUAUCUCUCUCUCUCUCUCUCUCUGACGUGGACAACGUGAAACCCGAGCACGAUCUCUCUUCUGUUACCUGUAAGAAUUGA